UUUAGGAUUAGGGCAGCGGAAUAGACACGCAGAUUUAGGAAUGGCAGAGUUGAAUAAAAGCAGGAUAAGCAAAGUCAGAGGACAUGUCGAAAGCCAAGGGAGCAAGUUUCAUGGCGGUGUCGGACGCCUCCUGGAGGUAAAAAGGAGGAAAACAAAUCUAGCACUUGGUGCCACUUGGGAUUCCGAGGAACGGAGGCGGGUCGGGGUAGGGCGAAGUCACACUGCCGGCAGCUUCUAAAUUGGAGAAAAGAGACGGCCUUGUAACAUAUUCUUUAGGGUAAUUUGGCUGUGAUAAGACAGAAAGGACGGGACCUGGAGGGACUUUAAAGCUCAAGCGGAUAAUCGGCUUCAGAAUCCCGAACCCUUGAGAGGCAGUAACUGCAUCUGUUGCAGACCCUCUGCAGCCCUUCGGGUCCUUGUAAGUUCUUUUCCAGCUCCCAAACGGAAAAGUACCACUGUGACCCGGAAAGAAACUGCCACUCAGGAAAAACAAAGCGUUUUGUCUGAAAGCCUUCUCUCUUUAAAAGUCCUGCCAUGCAAAUAAAGGGCCUUAAUGUAGCUCCUAGCGAUUGGUAGGGACUUAUGAGUCCGUCAUUUCCUCGUACUGCGGGACGCAAACGAAUAGCCUGCUUUCUGCUUUCCUAUUGGCUGUUGGUUCGGGUUCCGUGUUUAGCCAAUCAAACUCUUCUCUUCUCCCCUCCCGCAGCUCGUAUAAGUUACAUCAAAUUGGUAUCCUUUCCACAUCCUUCUUGAAAGCUUUAAUUGCAUUCUUAACCGUAAUGUCGGGACGAGGAAAGCAAGGCGGCAAGGCCCGCGCUAAGGCCAAGUCGCGCUCGUCCCGCGCCGGCCUUCAGUUCCCGGUGGGGCGAGUGCACCGCCUGCUGCGCAAAGGCAACUACGCCGAGCGAGUGGGGGCCGGCGCGCCAGUCUACAUGGCGGCGGUGCUCGAGUAUCUGACAGCGGAAAUCCUGGAGCUGGCGGGCAACGCGGCCCGAGACAACAAGAAGACGCGCAUCAUCCCUCGCCAUUUGCAACUAGCCGUGAGAAACGAUGAAGAACUCAACAAGUUACUUGGGGGUGUCACCAUUGCCCAAGGCGGAGUCUUGCCCAAUAUCCAGGCUGUUUUGUUGCCUAAGAAAACGGAGAGUCACAAACCUGGCAAGAACAAGUAAUCAGGAGGGCUGACAACCACUCCCACU